CGGGCGCAGCGCCGGGCGCCAGUCAGUGCGGCGGCGGCGGCGAGCGCGCGCGACAUGGCGGCCUCCCUCGACACCUCAUUCAAGCAGAAGAUAUGCGAGUCGGUGGAGAUCCCGAUCCUGACACGAUGCUGCUUCUGCUUCCCCCUACGGAAGGGGCUCAUCUCCUUCGCGUACAUAAACCUGGUGUUGACGCUGGUGGUGACCAGCUUCCUGUCGCUGUACAUGGCGCAGAUGCGGCGCGUGGACGCAGCCGGCGACGCGAGCGACGCGGGUGCAGCCGCUGAGUUCCCGCGGCUGUGCGCUGACACGGCCGGCCUGCUGCUGGAGCUGAUCAUGACCGUCAGCUUCAUCGUGGCGCUGCACAAGAAACACGUGCUGCUGAUGAAGGUGUACCUGUACUUCGAGAUCGUAUUCUCCGUCAUCGGGUUCGUGUACAGCGUGGCCUUCCUGACGCGUGAGACCGCCAGCGAGCUGUUCCUCAUACUCUUCCAACUCACGAUCCAGAUAUACCUGGUGAUCCUGAUCUGGAGCUCGAUCGUGAAGAUGCAGCGCGACGGCAGCGUCAAGUACGUGCGCGACCGCGAGGAGGCGUGACGUCACUCGCCCGCUCCUCACCUCGACGUGUGGGUGCGAGGGAGUAACAGCUAGACUGGCACGCGUACCCACACCAAGUGUCUUGCGAAUUUUCGCUUUUCGUAAAAAAGAAAAUAGACCGUGAAAUUUAGUCGUAAAUGUUUGAGGAUCUGUUUCACGCGCUUUCAAGUGUCUCGUGAUUCAUUAAACAGUUGUGUAGCAUAUGUACCGUCACGAGCAUUAAUAUGUAUACACUUUGGUACCAUGUCACAUUAACUUUUUUGACAAAUGGAACUGUAAGUCUCAUCAUCAUCAGCCGUACGACGCCCACUGCUGGGCAUAGGCCUCCCCCAAGGAUCUCCACGACGAUCGGUCCCGCGCUGCCCGCAUCCAACGGCUUCCCGCGACCUUCACCAGAUCGUCGGUCCACCUUGUAGCGGGCCUACCCACUGAGCGUCGUCCAACACGUGGUCGCCAUUCCAGAACCCUUCCGCCCCAGCGGCCAUCGGUUCUCCUCGCACCUCUGUAAGUCUCACUAAAUGUCAAAUAUGUUAGUGCGACAGAGUCCUAAAGUGGUUACAUUAUAUUGCUCAUGACUGUACUACUUUCAGAUAUUUGUACCGUGUGAAACGGACUUAGAGUAUUGUAUAGUAAUGUUACAGGGUCCAGUACGUGUUAAGUGGCUGGUGUUGCCGGGUAACAUGAGAACUCUUGCAGCCACAGCUGUCGUCGCGAGCCUCUCUAUGACGCAACUCCCAGAGUGAGGCGCGCAUGGUUCUCACGUUACCAAGACAAUCCCCGCAGGUAGUAUAGUAGCAAGUAGCGGGUGGUAGUUACCGUUUUAAGCGAUUGUGAUGUCGGUAGUGUAUAAGUAACUAUUACUGAACUACGGUGUAGGGUGUGUCCGAACUUGUCGACAAGUUGGAGACACCCCAGUCGUCGCGCGCUAGAGUACGUAACAAUAAUUAGCUUUAACAUAGUCGAACUUACUAUCUCAUAUCAAAAAUAGGUUCGAUAUAUUUUUAUAACAAAGUAUUUUUGAAAUUUAGCCUAAGGUCUUGGAGUACAGUUGUAAAUAUUAUUAUGAUUCGAGUUUACGCAGUGUUAGACCAAAUAAAUAUUAUUUGAGUAUAAA